AGACAUAUUGUACUAUUAUUUGACUAAUCACUAUUACUGUUCUUUCUUUCUUUUUUUUUCUUGAUUUUGCAGGCUAAGGAAAAAUAUUUAAAAUUCUUUCUUUUCUAGUUUUGAUUUUGGCUGAGAUCAAUGUCUUCGUCAUUGGAACAGUAAUCUUUCUCUUUGAUUUUAUGCUUUCUCUCAUUUUCUUGGCUUUUUUUUUUGUGUGUCUGAAGAAGAUUUUGGUACAAGUGUCAUUCUCAAAAUUUUGUCUUAGGGUUUUUUUAAUUUUAAUUUUGUUGCUUCAAAACCCCCCCAAAAAAGACAUGAACAACAACACUUUCAGUACUUCUACCACCAUCAGUGUCGACGACUACAUGUUAUUCCCUUAUAAUGACCAUUAUUCCUCAACCCCAGUACUGAUCCCUUUUAGCCCUUCUUCUUCCAUUGACGACAUCUUGAUUCACUCCACCUCCAACACAUCAAACAAUAAUCUUGACCAUCAUCAUCAGUUCCUACAACCUUCUCCUUUUCCUCAAUUCGAAUUUGACCCGGAUUGCGCCCUCUUGGACUCUUUCCUCCCACUAAACAAUGGCCAUGAUGAUAAUCAAACCGUCUCCACUGACAAUCAUCGUCCAUCACUUCAUCUUCCCUCGAACAACACCAUUGGAGAUCAACCCAUUGAGCCCUCGGAAACUAUAACCCACAUAGAAGAUUCCCAGACAAUCUCAACUUCUCAAGACCCCAAAAUGAAAAAAGCCAAGAAACCAAGCAGAACAGACAGGCACAGCAAGAUCAAAACGGCCAACGGGACACGCGAUCGUAGGAUGAGACUCUCUCUAGAUGUCGCCAAAGAGUUGUUUGGCUUACAAGACAUGCUUGGUUUCGACAAAGCCAGCAAAACCGUUGAGUGGUUGCUCACACAAGCAAAACCAGAGAUCACAAAGAUCGCGAAAAGCCAUUCUCACCGGUGCGGCUUCAGCAGCGGCGAGGAGUCUCAAAACCGACCGGCAUUAGGAUCCAUGGAUGCAUCGUCUAGUCUGUGUGAACUUACAUCCAUGUGGACGGUCGACGAUAGAGGCAGCAAUUCUAACACGACCGAAACAACAGGAAACAAGGUCGAUGAGAGAUCAAUGAAAGGGAAGAGAAAGAGGCCAGAACCACGUACGCCCAUUUUGAAGAAGUUGUCCAAGGAUGAAAGAGCAAAAGCAAGAGAAAGAGCAAAGGAUAGGACAAUCGAGAAAAUGAUGAUGAAAGGAAGAUCACAAUCGGUAAACGUUGUGGAAGAAGAAGUUCAUCAUCAGGGUGAGAUAGUAAAGAAUGAUAUAAUCAACAAAAUGAACUCAUCAUUUCCAAUGAUUAGUCACCAUCGCAGCCAAGGGGCAGCUAAUUCCAUUGAGCAGCAGCAGUUUACGGAUCUUCAUCAUCACUUCUCGGGGAACCCAAGAGACCUCAUGUACAAGUACAACUAUUAAAACAUGUGUUGAUUGAUAGUGAUUUACCGUUAAAAUCGGUUGAUAUGAAGAAAAAAACUAAUGCAAUUUGUAUGAUAUUUUGUUUUUAUUUUCGAGUGCUUCUAUAACUAUUAUAUGUA